AUGACUACCUUCCCAGUGAUCAACUUUGAGAAGCUCAAUGGUGAGGAGAGAAAAGACACCAUGGAGAAAAUAAAAAAUGCUUGUGAAAACUGGGGAUUCUUUGAGUUGGUGAAUCAUGGCAUACCCCAUGACCUAUUGGACACUGUGGAGAGGUUGACCAAAGAGCACUACAGGAAAUGUAUGGAAGAAAGGUUCAAGGAAUUAAUAGCAAGCAAAGGUCUAGAUGCUGUCCAAAGUGAGGUCAAGGACAUGGACUGGGAGAGCACCUUCCACUUGCGUCAUCUUCCUGAAUCAAACAUCUCAGAGGUCCCUGAUCUCAUCGAUGAAUACAGGAAGGUGAUGAAAGAUUUUGCUUUAAGGUUAGAAAAACUAGCAGAGCAACUGCUGGACUUGUUGUGUGAGAAUCUUGGUCUAGAGAAAGGGUACCUCAAGAAGGCCUUCUAUGGAUCAAGAGGACCAACUUUUGGCACCAAGAUUGCCAACUACCCUCCAUGUCCCAACCCAGCGCUGGUAAAGGGUCUUCGUCCCCACACCGAUGCCGGUGGGAUCAUCCUUCUCUUCCAGGAUGACAAGGUCAGUGGCCUACAGCUGCUCAAAGAUGACCAGUGGGUUGAUGUGCCCCCUAUGCGCCACUCCAUUGUUGUUAACAUUGGUGAUCAGCUUGAGGUUAUCACCAAUGGUAAGUACAAGAGUGUGGAGCACCGUGUGAUAGCACAAACUGAUGGGACCAGAAUGUCCAUAGCCUCAUUCUAUAACCCUGGCAGUGACGCUGUCAUCUACCCUGCUCCAGAAUUGCUGGAGAAAGAGGCAGAGGAGAAAGUCCAGCUCUACCCAAAAUUUGUGUUUGAAGACUACAUGAAGCUCUAUGCUGAGCUAAAGUUCCAGGCCAAGGAGCCAAGAUUUGAAGCCUUUAAAGCGUCAAAUUUUGGUCCAAUUGCAACUGCUUAA